AUGAAAGUUCUAAAACUUGCGGUAAAUUUAAUUUUUUUAAUCGCUUUUGUUAAAUCAAGAUCAAUUGAAAGCAAUAAAUAUCAUGGAACUUUACAAAUUACGUAUCCAAAAUUGAGGGAUUUACCGGGCCAAUUGGCAAUAGAAUCAGGUGAUAAUGUUGCUGUAGAUUCAUCAAAUCUUGGUGGUAAUGUAAACGAAAGUGGAAAUCCACCAUCCACGGACCAGGCCGAUGACAACGCAGCUGUAAAUCCAUCAAAUUCAGACAGUGAUGUAGAUGGAAGUGGAAAUCCGCCAUCUGGUGGUAACCCAAACAAUGACGAUGAAAACCCACCAAAUUCAGGCAAUGAUGUAGAUGAAAGUGGAAAUUCGCCAUCUGGUGCUAACCCAAACAAUGACGAUGAAAAUCCACCAAAUUCGGGCAAUGAUGCAGAUGAAAAUGGGAAUCCGUCAUCAGGUGGUAGCCCAAACAAUGACGAUGAUAAUACAGCUGGAAAUCCACCAAAUUCCGGCAAUGAUGUAGAUGAAAGUGGAAAUCCACCACCUGGUGCUAACCCAAACAAUGACGAUGAAAAUCCACCAAAUUCGGGCAAUGAUGCAGAUGAAAAUGGGAAUCCACCAUCAGGUGGUAGCCCAAACAAUGACGAUGAUAAUACAGCUGGAAAUCCACCAAAUUCCGGCAAUGAUGUUGAUGAAAGUGGAAAUCCGCCACCUGGUGCUAACCCAAACAAUGACGAUGAAAAUCCACCAAAUUCGGGCAAUGAUGCAGAUGAAAAUGGUAAUCCGCCAUCAGAUGGUAGCUCAAACAAUGACGAUGAUAAUACAGCUGGAAAUCUACCAAAUUCUGGCAAUGAUAUAGAUGGGAGUGAAAAUCCGCCGUCUGGUGCUAACCCAAACAGUGACGAUGAAAAUCCACCAAAUUCCGGCAGUGAUGUAGAUGGAAGUGAAAAUCCACCAUCUGAUGCUAAUCCCCCAAAUCCACCAAAUGCUGAUGAUGAAGACGGAACUGGAAAUACGCCUUUCGAUAUAAUACCUCCACCAGAAGAUUCUGACGAAGAUAUUGAGGGUUUUUCAUCCGAAGAAUCAAUAGAAGAAUUUCGUCCUCAUUUCCCAGGAAAUCCAUGGUUUCCGGAACGAAGAAAACCACACAGACAUCGUAAUCCUUACUAUUAUUAUCGUAACUAUCGACGCGGGCCUCCACGUGGACCAAAUCGUAGAAAUCGUGGACCACCAAAUUCAUAUAGAAGAAGGUUUCCACCCUUUAUUGAUGUACCACCUCCAUUUGGGCAAUUAGACUUACCGUACCGACCAAGACAACCAGGUCCACCAUCCGCAAGAUUACCUCCACGUUUUUCGUCACCUUUUGUAGAAGAUUUCGAGAGGUAUCGAGGACGUCAAAAUAAUUAUCAGAGAUUUUUGGAAGGACGUCCAAGACCACAACAUCCAAAUCCUUAUCGUUUCUAA